AUGAUUUACAGAUGGACAAGUUUACUAACUCCAUUCCGUGUUAUCAAGAAGUCAUCACCACUUUGUCUUAUGAUCAUUAUAUAUCUCAUUGGAAUGUUUGGUGGUGGACUAGUUGUCCACCUUUAUCACUUACAACGUGAGGAUAAUUUAUAUACAUCAGUUAUCAGUGCUGCUAAAUCACCACAAUUGUUGACUAAUGAUGACGCGUAUAAACAGUUGAUUCACUCCAAUGAUUCAAUUCAUGAACAUGCUUUACAACAUUUGGCUGAAGCAACAUUGGCCAACGCAUUGGCUGAACAAGUACGUGUAUUCUGUUGGAUAGUUACAAUGCCAAAAAAUCAUCAGUCAAAAGCUGUUCACGUUAAAGCAACAUGGGCUGGUCGAUGCAAUAAAUAUUUAUUUAUUAGUAGUGAAAAGGAUGAAAAACUUCCAUCAAUAGCUGCAGUUAACAAAGAAGGCCGUGAUAUGCUAUGGAAUAAAACAGCUGAAGCGAUCAAAUAUAUUGCAAAGCAUUAUAUUAAUGAUUACGAUUACUUUUUGAAAGCAGAUGAUGACUCUUAUGUUAUUGUCGAAAAUCUACGUAAAAUUCUAUACAAACACAAUCCUGAUGAACCCUUCAUUAUGGGUAGACGAUUUAAGCCAUAUGUUAAACAAGGUUAUAUGUCUGGUGGCGGGGGUUAUGUCCUGUCACGUGCUGGUGUUAUCAAUAUAGCCAAUGGUUUACAGAAUACCACAAAUUGUAUAAAUGACCAAUAUACAUUUGCUGAAGAUGUCAAACUUGGUCUUUGCGCUGAAGCUACAAACGUCAGCGUAGCCGACAGUUUAGAUGCAGAAGGCCGUGAAUGUUUCCAUCCUUUCUCUCCCUCCAGUAUGCUUACAAAAGAUCCCAAAGGUUAUCCUGGAUGGUUUUUAAAGUAUAAUUACCAUAGAAUAGAUACAGGUUUCGACUGCUGCAGUGAUUAUGCGGUGUCUUUUCAUUACAUAACACCAGGAGAAAUGUAUCUCUUUGAAUAUAUGCUCUACCAUUUACAUCCAUAUGGUAUACAUCGAGAUUUUAUGGAUUUAAUGAACUAUUUACAGAAGAAAAGUAUUUCUUAG